ACACGCACACACCAUGCCAUACAAAAGAGCUGUAAAGCUAUGAUCCGUGGUCUUUUCAAUCCUCUGGCGGGCAGAGCUGCUACUAGCUAGCUGGCGAGGCAAGUUUGAUCUUUACUUAUUUAUACAGCUGGCGUAGUGUAAACGACGCACAGAGGAGGGGACUGGAACUGGGAGCUCUACAAUGUGCAAGUGAUGAGACGACUUAAAAUCAAGCUUCUUACUUAGAUCAUGGACUAAGAUCUAAGUUAGAUAUAAAAACCAUGAACAUCCGGCUAGAUCCCACUUCCAGUGUACUGUUUGACGGUUUAUUCGUAGAGUUUUUGACUUUAUGUACGUGAUGUUUGGUGAAUGACAGCACCACCUUCAAUCAGUAUUCGGUAACACUGCACGCUGGACCUCACUGUUUAGCUUUUGCGUCUGUUGUGUUGUUGUUCAAACAUCAGCUGUUCGUCGGAAACGGGGAGCUGUACAUAACAAUUACAAUUGCAACAGCAAUGACCUGAUGUUGAAAAGUAAUCAAGUGAACGUGAAACUGAAAUUAGUUUGUUAAAGUAUCCUGCUAUCCACAAAGUCACAACGUUUCAAAGAUUAGAUUACAGUGCGGUAAUCUUCAAAUUUUCUGAAGCAGCACUUUAAAAAACAAUUAAAGGAAGAAGAAGAAGAAGAAGAGUCUCAGCCUUCAAAACUCGCACGACCGUCACUAGGACUUGGGACUUUUUAUGUAUUUGGUUUUUAAUAACAAACGGUAUGGCAUAGUGUUUUUAUAAACUUCAAGAGGUUAAAGAGGUCUUACUCCGUGGUUUUGGCGUAGCACUGCACUAUGUGGUUUAUGUAACAGAAUACCCACAUAGCAUGCCUACUGAUGAAUCGAUUUAACCACCCUGCCAGGCUGCACUAACUUGGAUUUGCUUACUCAUUUGUGAUGAUGAAAUUAAAUACUAUUUAAAGGUGUAGUGACUGUCUGUCCGAUGCCAUGAGAGGCCUACAUGUACAACGAGAGAAUUAAAGUUAUACUCAACAGCACACUACUUACAAGUUACAUCCAAACAAUGACUAGUAAAACAGGUGGAAUGCUGCAAGUUGGAACAUGGAGACAGAAUGUAAUGACUAGAAAGAAAUGUGGGCAUGCCAUGAUGACCACAGGCCUAUAUUUUCUUUCUUUUGUGCAUUUCUGUUACACCGCAAGUACACAAUCUGAAAACUUACAGGGGAAUGCUUUAGGAACCACAAACCAACCAACCAUCAAGCUGCACAAGGCAUUUGAUCACAGUUCGUAUGAAGGUCAUGAAUUAGUACUUCCAUACCAGGCAGAUUCCCAAGGAGGCUUCAUAUCCAACAGUUUCAGUCCACACAGACACAGAAGAAGCAAUGAUACCUGUUUUGUACCAGAAGUUGCCCAUUUUAAGUUUAGAGGAUACAAGAAAGAUUUCCAUCUUGAAGUCACUUCAAAUGAAGCUCUUAUUGCAUCAGGAUUUUCUAUACAGUCUUGGAAAAAUGGAAAGAUAGAGACACAGAAGCUUACUCCUCAUCAUAAGCAUUGUCACUAUCAUGGCAGUCUGAGAUCACAUGCUAAUUCAAAUGUAGCUAUCAGCUUGUGUAACAAUGGAUUGAGUGGAUUUUUAAGAACUGAACUGGAUGAUUAUCUGAUUGAACCGCUGGAUACAAACCAACAUGGACAAAAAGUUCAUAUUUUAUACAAGAGAUCGAAUGCUGAUUUUGUGGACAGGAGCAAGGAACGGAACCGAGGCAAACGCAGCUCAAGGCAAGAUGGACAUGGGACAUCAAAUAAUAAAACUAAACAGCACUACUGUGGCUCCAAAAAAAAAUGUAAGUUGAAAUAUCAAUCUUCAUGUUCAUAUAGCUGA